AUGGAUACUUCCCCCUUCCAGCUGGCCUUCAAAGGCCGCGCUCAUUCUGCUGCUGUGCGCUGCUGCUGCGUGCUGCCUGACGGGUUGCUGCUGACGGGGUCCCUGGACUCUACAAUAGUAGUGUGGCAGCAGGAGCAGCAGCAGCAGCAGCAGCAGCAGCAGCAGCAGCAGGAGGAGCAGCAGCAGCAGCAGACGAACAGCACCCCAGGCGCAGCUACUUCGGAUGAUGGGGUGGUUGGCAGCAGCAGCAGCAGCAGCAGCAGCAGGAGCGACGGCAGCAGCGGCAGCAUAGCAACUCAGAUAAGAAAUGGUAGUUCUUUGGGGUGUAUGUACACCCCAACCAAGGUGCUGCAGCACCACAAAGAUUUCGUUCUCUGUCUCUGUCCCUCUCUCUCCCUGCCCGGGCAGUUCUUCUCCGGCAGCAAAGACCUUACUCUAUGCAGAGUCUCCGCAGACACAGGGACAGUACAGAUGAAAUACCUCGGGCACAAGAGCGCGGUUUGCUCUGUGGCGGAGCUGAGAGAGGUUUUGGCUUCGGGCGAUUGGGGGGGAGAAGCGAGGUGUGUCUGUGCUGGCUCGAAGAGGUUCUGGUGA